GGUCGAAACUGGCUCUGAAGUUUCACAUGACGCUUGGUGUCCUUAACGGCUCAGGUGCCUGGAGCAAGCCCACGACACCGAAAAGGGAAUCUCUUCUCCCUGCGAGCAGCACCUCCAAAGAGAAUGGGGUUCGUGUAGAGCAAGAUGAUCAAGACUUAUUUGCAGAUGCCACUGUAGAGUUGUCUCUAGACAGCACGCAAAACAACCAGAGGAAGGAACUGGCCAAAGCAUCCAAUCCUGCCCCCUCGUUAGAAGUAGCUGCAAGCUCUUCUUCUCGAAACCCUUCAAAGAGCUAUGAGGAGCUGGAAGAAGAGGAACAAGAGGACAAAUUUGAGCUGACUGUAGGAGUGAGCGACCCAGAGAAAGUUGGGGAUGGCAUGAACGCGUACGUAGCCUACAAAGUGUCAACACAGACGAGCAUGCCGAUGUUCAGGAGCAAGCAGUUUUCGGUGAAAAGGAGGUUCAGUGAUUUUCUGGGUCUCUAUGAGAAGUUGUCGGAGAAGCAUGCCCAAAAUGGGUUCAUCGUUCCUCCGCCGCCCGAGAAGAGUCUCAUAGGAAUGACCAAAGUGAAAGUUGGGAAAGAAGAUUCCUCCUCUGCAGAGUUCCUAGAAAAAAGACGGGCUGCUUUAGAGAGGUACCUACGGAGAGUGGUCAGCCAUCCAACAAUGCUGCAGGACCCAGAUGUCAGGGAGUUCUUGGAAAAGGAGGAG